UUUGUUCGUGACUUUGGCACAUAUAGCCCGGACGCCGGCGCAUACAUCAUUACUGCAGACAGCCAAACACUCUUAACUGGCACACCACUUGCAUUGGCCUGUGUUGCGGCAUGGAUCUCGGGACCGUUUGGCUCACGAUUCGGUCGACGUGCUGGCCUCGUCUUGGCUGCCAUCACGGCACUCAUUGGCCCCUCUGUCCAGGCUGGAGCGACUCACUGGUACCAAGUCGUGCUAGGUCGAUGUAUUUCGGGUCUGGCCAUUGGUUUCGCAUAUAACUUCGCAGUUGCAUAUUGGACCGAGGUGACUCCUGCUGCCUUGCGUGGCAUGGUCGUGGUAAUGUACCAAGGCGUGACAAACGUGGCCCAGUUCAUAGCACAGUGUAUCAACCAGGGAACGCAUGCCAUGGACAACCGAUGGGCUUACCGAAUCCCAUUGCUGGUCGAAUUGAUUGCCCCUCUCUCGCUCCUGAUCGCCUUGGUGUUCAUGCCGGACACACCCAGGUGGCACGCCUCACGCGGAAGAGAUGAAAAGGCAAUGUCUGCCCUGCGCCGCUUACGAGGCUCAACAUAUACCGAAGAAGAGUUGGAAGCUGAGCAUGCGGAGGUCGUGGCUUUCAUCGAAAUCGAGCGGUCGUUACGAACGUCUACCUCCUUUGCCGAUUGUUUUCGCGGGACCGAUCGUCGACGGACACUGCUUACCAUCGGAAUGACUUUGAGUCAAGCGUGGUCUGGGAUCGCCUUCAUUUCGAGCUACGGCACAUACUUCUUUCAACUUUCCGGUAUCCAGAAUGCUUUCACAAUUACCAUUGUUACCGGUGUUUGCGGCAUUGCUGGAUCCAUCUCAUCGGUGGUUCUUGUUGGCUACGUGGGACGACGCAAGAUCCUUCUCGCCGGGUCCAUUGCCUGUGGCAUAUCGAUGUUAAUCAUCGCCAUCGUUGGUGUCGCGGCGCCUGGUAAAGCAGCAGCGCAAUCUCUCGCCGCUUUCACGUGCAUCUACAUCUACGCCUACGGAGCCUCUUGGGGCCCACUUACGGGUAUAUCGCUUGGGGAACUACCGUCAACAACGCUUCGCUCGCGCACAAUGGCCAUCGGCACGAUCGUCGCCUGGACAAGCGAUAUCCUAAUCGUCUGCAGUAUUCCAUACCUGAUAGACACCCAAUAUGCAAACCUUGGCACCAAGAUUGGCUUCAUCUUUGGAGGUCUGGAGGUCCUGAUUUUUGUGUGGACAUUCUUCUAUGUGCCAGAGCUGAAGGAUCGUUCUUUGGAGGAAAUUGACGAGAUGUUCAUGAACGUGAGUACUAUGCCCUCUCUUACACUUGACAUCUCUUCUGCUUUGACCGGGAUUUCCUGA